UCCUCAGCCUCAACACAGUCAACUGUAAAGACUCAUCUACACCUCCUGGAGUGUGUCAACCGACUGCUGCUGCGUUUACACACCAGAACAUCAGACACAGGAUGAGGACGAUGGCUUCUUUCAUGUGCAAGACGCUGACUUUAUUCUUCAUCUGCAUGGCUCUGCAAGAGAGUUGUGGACUCCCCUUAUCAGAGCGGGCAGAGCUGCCAGCUCAGGCUCCACACCAACACCGAGUCAGGACCAAACGCUGCUCCUGUAACAGCUGGGAUGAUAAAGAAUGCAUCUACUUCUGCCACCUGGAUAUUAUCUGGGUCAACACGCCGAGUAAGCUCCUUCCUUAUGGCCUCGGAAGUCCCCUGUCUCGUCGCCGGCGCCGUUCAGCUGAGCGAUGCGAAUGCCUCAACACAGCCGACGAAACCUGCUCCGGUUUCUGCCAUGAAAGCUCAAAGAAUCCAAGGACGAAUGUCAUGGGCCCAUUGGUGGAGUCUGCAAGCACAAACAGCAACAAAUUGCUGGAAUCUUUCAGAUCUGUGGUCAAGUCCAACACUGCGAUCGCAAAAGAGGUUCUGUCAUCAAACAAGAACCCGGGUGGAGUAAACAGACUGAGCAGCAGAACAAGGAGGUAGAGGACUGAGCCAACACCAGAAGCGGUUCAAUCUCCAUGGAUUCAACCUCCAUGUGCCGGAGACUUCUCCAGCUACCUUCAAUGCCAGCAUCAGGGUUUUGAAACGUGUCAAGAGUCUUACCAACUCUGGGAAUGUGAAGGUGGAAGGAUGGAAGGGAAAGAGGCAGCGUAUGAAGCAUCCGAUCAACAAAACAGAGCUUCGGAGGACUGGCAGCUCACCGAGACAGGAGCCCUACAGCAAGAACAAUGCUGGGUGGAGACGUCUAGAGUUAUUUCUUGAACUCUCUUUGAACCUUUUUGAACAUAACAACAGAUGCCAAGAAACGAUCCAUUAAAGCCAAGGACUUGGAAGCCGCCGUCUGUCCUUUUGGGGAAUCACAUCAAGAAAGUUUACAAUGACUAAUCAGUUGCUGAUCCAGGGUUCUUUUGUUUUUAUGAGCACGCCUGUGACUCGUCUGAUUGGGCAGGUUUAAAUCCACAACUCACCUACACUGAGGAUUGUAGGAUCAUUACGCAUUCCAAAGUCAUAUCAUCUCUGUAUUUAGUUGGGAAUUUUUUGUCAAUGUUUACUCUUGUGUCCUUGCUAUUAAUCCGUUAUAUUCCUCUGUAUCAGAGCUGGAAUCUGCUGCUCUACCUGGUGUUGAGGGCAAAUAAGCAAAUUGCUUUUUACUUAUCAGGCAGUACUUGAAAAUGGCAGCUUGUUCAUUCUUGGCACAUAUGGCCUCAGUGAAAUGAAGGUCAUCUCUUUGGGAUUUAUCUCACCAACAAUUAGCUUUGUGUACAAGGUCUAUUGUAAGCUCCUACACACACACAUAUUCAGUCAACUUUCUACUAGCAUAACAACAACAUUAGCUCUAUUGUGUUGGCCCAAGUGUUUAUUGCAUAUAGCUCCAGUUUAAUGUUUUGAUUUAAGAUAAGCCAGAAGGUUUCAAUGGCUUGCAGCUUGCCAAAAAAUGCAACAGUUGUUUUUCUCCCCAGACAAAUGUUCACUUAAUUCCUCUGUAAUUAGUCACUGGGAAACAAUGACUCUCGACUUGUGUUAUGCACAUCAAAAGCUAUUUGUCGGUGGCCUGCACUUUUUCUGUGCCAUAAAUCCAUUCACUCCAUCCGCCGUUUUUUUGAUUGUAGUCAACUCACAGACACAUGGAAACAUAAACCUUCUUUGUACCUGAAAAUAUCCAUCCUGGAAUGUCUCAAUGCUGUAUGUAUAUGAUGGACAGUUUACCACCUUAGACAUUUACUGUUAAAUGCUGAAUUGUAAAUAGAAUUUAUUUAUUCUCUAACUUAUUCAGAGAUGUAUUUAUAUUUGUAUGAAUGAUGUACUGAAUUUUAUAUGAC